AUGCUCGCCGAGCGCCACCGCAGCUUCCUGUCCGACUUUGAGGACGCGUGCAGCGCCUGGGUGAACGGCGCCGAGUCCGACCGCUCCGACUUCAACGAGGCCGAACUAGCCGGUGAGUCGCCGAGGCUUGUCUCCCCGGGGACCGACGCCUCCGAUUCCGAUUUCUUCUCCGACUUCAGCGACUCCGAAUCGCUCUCGCCCUCCGUCGACUUCUCCGCCGGCUUCCCGCCCGAACCGGCGGCGGGCUUGAGCGGCACGGCGGACGCCAUCCUCAACAUGAUCACGGAGAUCGUGGGAAUCUGCACUGAAAUGGAGCAGCGGGGGGACGCCCCCGUCGUCACGGUCAAGAGCGAGUCGGGCCGCGGGGCCGACUUAAUCGCCGCGCCGGCGACUCCGGACUUUAUCGAGACUCUGCCGAGCCGAGACGGAGGCCGGGCGCCGACCGACGGAUCGGAGGUCGAGUGGGAAGAGGAUCGGAUGACCGACCGGAGGCCGGGCGCAGACGCGAGCCGAGUGAAAAUGGAGGCAGACCUCCACCUUCCCGCGCCAUCCGCCCUCGACCCCGACCUCCUGUCGUCCCUCCUGCGGGGCGCCUUCCCGACCGUGCGCCCGAGCGGGGUUCCGGCAGGCGGCAAAUCAUCCCAGAGAGCUGAGAGCGGCGCCCAGGCCGAGGCCAAAGCCAAGGCCAAGGCCAAGGCCAAAGCCAAGGCCAAGGCCUUCCCGUGCUCGGUGGAAGGCUGCGAGCGGCGCUUCUCACGCUCGGAUGAACUCAACAGGCACGUGCGCGUGCACACGGGACAGAAGCCUUUCCGGUGCGGCGUGUGCGCGCGGAGCUUCAGCCGCAGCGACCACCUGACCACGCACACGCGUACGCACACGGGCGAAAAGCCCUUCUCCUGCGACGUGUGCGGGAAGCGCUUCGCGCGCAGCGACGAGAGGAAGCGGCACGGCCGCGUGCACGUCAAGCAGCAGCUCCGAGCGCAAAUGAUGGCCGCCUACUCCAUGGCCGUGAGCGCCGUGUGA